AUGGAUGCUGGAGAACCAUUGCUAGCAAAUAAGGCAAGAAUAACGAAAUCUGAGAAAUUCCACAGCAUUCAUCUUCAGGAAUCAGUGACGUUUGAAGAUGUAGCUAUAGACUUCACCGAAGAAGAGUGGGCCCUGCUGGACAUAUCCCAGCGAAAGCUGUUCAGAGACAUGAUGCUGGAGAAUAUCAGUCGUCUGGUCUUUCUGGGAACUUCAAUUUGUUCUCUGUUGAAGGUGCUGCUACGUGGGCUGACCUUCAAAUCAUCUUUUUAUUCAUCCUUGGUAAAGCCCACCCUGGACUUGGUGAUAGCAAAGGUUAAUCUGCACAGAACUCAAGUCCAUAUACUCUUUUUCCUCUACAAACGGAGUAAGAUUUGCAAAAGAUCCUUCCAGUUGGAGCAAGAGAAGAGCUGUGGAGUGAAGGAAGAGGAUUUCUUCAAGGCCAGAGUCCAGCAUAAAUCUCGUGCUCCAGAAGAUCCUAUUGAAAGUACUGACUUGGGUGAUGAGUUUACUCAUAUGCCUGCAUUGACUCGAUUUUUGUUAAUUCACCUCAGGAAGAAACAUUAUUUCAGCAGACAGUGUAGAAAAUCACUUAGUGAACAAUCAUCCCUUACUCAGUAUAACCAAAUUCACACUAGAGGUAAAUUACAUAAAUGUCUUCUAUGCGGAAAAGACUUGAGUAAUUCCUUUAGUCUUAGAAGACACAAGAUGACUCACACUGGAAAGAAGCCAUUUGAAUGCCAUCUUUGUGGGAAAGGCUUUCUGCAAAGCUCUGCCCUUAGAAACCACAAUCAAACACACAAUGGAGAGAAACCAUAUAAAUGCCAUCUGUGUGGGAAAGUCUUCAGUCAGAAUUCUUACCUUAGACUACAUGAGAAAAUUCACAUAAAAAAGAAACUAUAUGAAUGCCAUCUAUGUAAGAAGGCUUUCAUUCACAGUUCCUACCUUAGAAAACAUGAGAGAAUUCACACAGGAGAGAAACCAUAUGCAUGUCACCAGUGUGGGAAAGCCUUCAGUCAAUAUUUCAAUCUUAGACGACAUGAAAGAAUGCACACCAGAGAGCAACCAUAUGAAUGUCAUCUGUGUGGGAAAUUCUUCAGUCAGUAUUCUUCCUUUAGACCACAUGAGGGAAUCCAACACUGGAGAGAAAAUCAUGAGGGUCUUCUGUAA